AUGGAGCAAGAUCACACUGCCACCAAUGCUACUGUCGAAAAGAGGGGACUCUCCCCCGAUAUCAUCCCCAGGGACGUCGGGAUCUCCUCACAGGACGGUGACUCGGAAAAAGAACGUGCAGCUUUGGAGCGGCGCAUUCGGCUCAAAGUAGACAUCCGUCUCUGCACCAUUGCCGGAAUCCUGUGCAGUCUCAACCUCCUUGACUCGGGCAUUCUGUCGUCCGCAUCGGUCACAAGCAUGUUCGAGGACCUCGAUCUACACGGGUCGCGAUACUCCGUCUCUAUCUUCAUCUUCACCAUCGCCAGCGUGGUCGCCCAGCUGCCGUGUACCGUUGCCGUGCGCUUGGUCGGCCCGCGCCUCUGGUUCGCAAUCAUCACCUUCUGCUUCGGACUGAUCACCCUCUGCACGGCGUUCAUCCAGACGUGGAAGCAGAUGAUUGCCCUGCGCGUACUGCUGGGCUUCGCCAUGUCCGGCAUCUAUCCAGGACUCACGUACCUGAUCAGUACCUGGUACACGCGGAAGGAACAGCAACUCCGCUUUGCGUUUAUGCAGUCGGGCGAAGUGCUGGUCCUGGCCACGGGCACCAUCGUCAACUACGGCCUGAACAGGCUGGACGGCCGAGCAGGGCUGAGGGGCUGGAGGUGGAUGUUCCUAAUCCAGGGUCUCAUCACCUGCGUCCUAGGCAUCAUCACCUACUGGUGGAUGAUCGACUUCCCCGAACGAUCGCAGGACAGCUUCCGCUUCCUGUCCAAAGUGGAGGCGGAAAUCGCGGCGCAGCGCAUCCAGGCGGACCGCGAUGAUGUGGUGGCCGAUCCGUUCUCCUGGCGUAAGAUCGCGGUCAACUUCCUGGACCCCAAGAUCUACGGGUUCGCGUGCAUGUUCUUCCUGCUGAAUCUGGUCUCGACCUCCCUGAGCUACUUCCUCCCCAUCAUCCUUCAAUCGGGGAUGGGGUUCUCCAGUAACCAAUCGAUCCUACUAUCUACUCCGCCCUACUACUGGUCUGUCCUCCCCGUUCUCUUCACUUCCCUCGUCGGGGACACCUAUCGCCUCCGCGGCCCGCUCAUCACCUUCAAUGCCCUCUGCGUGAUCGCCGGCUUCCUGAUGUUCGGCCUCCCGGCCUCCACGCACGUCACCGUCCGCUACAUCGGGACCUUCCUCGCCACCGGCGCCUACGUCUCCAACUGGGCCGCGCUCAAUGCCUUCAUGGCCAACAACGUCGUCGGCCAGUGGAAUCGCGCCACCACUGCCGCCGCCGUCGCGGCCUGCAACGGCCUGGGUGGCGUCGCUGGCAGCUAUAUCGUGCGGCAGAACGAGGCGCCGCUGUUCGCCACGGCCGUGUGGGUGUCCAUCGGCUCGCAUAUCCUCAUGAUCGCCAUUGUGGGCGUCUUCACCGUCUGCUUCUAUAUCCGGAAUCGACAGCAGGCUUGUGGCCAGCGGGUCAUCCACGACAAGCCCUGCGGGCUAUGCUUGAAAAUGUUCAUGAGCUUAAUGAUUCUUAGAAAUAGAUACUAA